CGAAGAAAAGACAUCUCUCGAGACGUCUGCCUCUGUUAAUGUGGAGGAAAGUCAGGUGACUCAACUGUUAGCUGAGGUGACCGAGGUCGAGAGCAAACCCAAGGUCGUUGACAAACUGGAGGAUGUCAAGAUGGAGGCAGGCAGUUCUAUCAAGAUCAGCACCACUAUUGAAGGGACACCCAAACCAGAAGUCACUUGGUCGAAGGACGAUAAAAUGAUUAAAGAUGGCGGUCGCUUCUCUGUGACGUCAGAGACCGACACGUACAGCUUGGAGAUCAGGGAGGCCACAGAGACAGAUUCAGGCUCCUACAAGGUUACAGCCCUUAGCUCUGUAGGAGAGUCAAGUUCGACCUUUGAGGUCAGCGUGGCUGCCGCUGAUGUGUCCGUUGAAGAGGGCAAGAAACGGAAGCCAAGUGAAGAGGUGGACCCUCGCAUUCCCAGGUUUGACGUGGAACCUCAAAAUGUGACUGUUGCUGAUUUUGAGUCUGUAAAGCUGGUCUGUGAAGUAAAAGGUGACCCAGCGCCCACAGUGACGUGGGAGAAGGACGGACGUCGUGUGAGGUCCAGUCGUAGGGUCCGUCUGUACGAGUCACGUGGUUCUUACUAUCUAGAGAUUCCUGACAGUGAGGCCCAGGACAGUGGCGAGUACGUGUGUACGGCCACCAACUCUCACGGCACAGUCACACACGCCGUAAAAGUUCAAGUUGGAGACGUCAUAGCUUCGGCAUCUGUGCCAGAAGAAGAAGCAGAGAAGCCAGCAGCUCUUGUUGUGGAUGCUGAAUCCGACAUAUCUUCAUCAAAGGUUAUGGAAGAGGAAACAUCUCUCGAGUUCUCCAGCAGCGUGGACAUAGAGGAGAGCAAGAAGCCUCAGCCGACAGUGGAGGUGGUCGAUGAGGAAAGCAAGCCCAGAGUUCUGGGUAAACUGGAGGACGUGAAAGUGGAGGCAGGCGGUUCUGUUAAGAUCAGCACUAAUAUUGAAGGUACACCGAGACCAGAGGUCAUGUGGUCAAAGGGUGAAGAGAUCCUCAAAGACGACAACAGGUACACGAUGACGUCAGAGAGUGACGUGUACACCCUUGAGAUCAAGGACGCCACAGAAGCUGACACUGGAACCUACAGAGUUACCGCCCUUAACUCCGCUGGUGAAACCCACACCGACAUAGAAAUCUGUGUGGCGUCCACCGUUGUGACGUCACAGACGACAGAGGUUACUGAGAAGAUUCCAAGUGUGGAGGUGGACCCCCGCCUCCCCAGGUUUGAGGUGGCCCCUGAGAACGCCAGUGUUGCUGAGUUUGAGGCUGUCAAGUUAGUCUGUGCUGUUCAAGGUGACCCAGAACCAACAGUGACGUGGGAGAAGGACGGACGUCGUGUGAGGUCCAGUCGUAUGGUUCGUCUGUACGAGUCACGUGGUUCUUACUAUCUAGAGAUUCCUGACAGUGAGGCCCAGGACAGUGGCGAAUACGUGUGUACGGCCACAAACUCUCAUGGCACAGUAACCCACGCAGUGAAGGUGUGCGUUGGAGAUAUUGAAACGGUUGAGCCUGCCAAAGAAGAAGAGACAGAGAAGCUGGCUAUACAAACAGAGUCCGAAGUGUCAUCAACAAAGAUUACCGAAGAGAAGACAUUCCUCGAGACCUCUUCCUCUGUGGAUGUAGAGGAGAGUCAAGUAACUCAACUGUCAGCUGAGGUGACUGAGGUGGAGAGUAAACCUAUGGUCGUGGACAAACUGGAGGAUGUCAAAGUGGAGGCGGGAAGUUCUAUCAAGAUCAGUACAACCAUUGAAGGAACACCUAAACCCGAAGUUACUUGGUCCAGGGUUGAACAAACAAUUCAAGCCAGUGAUCACUAUUCUAUGACGUCAGAGAAUGACGUGUACACCUUGGAAAUCAAGGACGCCACCAAAGAAGACGCCGGGACUUACACAGUUACUGCCCUGAGCUCUGCCGGGAAGACGACCUCGGACUUUGAGGUCAGCGUGACAGGCACAGUUGAGACAGAGAAGACAGUCCGAGCUCCAAGUCCCGAGGCUGAUCCACGCAUUCCUAAGUUUGUGUUGGCGCCCGAAGAUGUGAAUGUGGCUGAGUUUGAUUCUGUCAAGUUAGUCUGCACUCCGAAAGGUGACCCCGCGCCCACAGUGACGUGGGAGAAGGACGGACGUCGUGUGAGGUCCAGUCGUAGGGUCCGUCUGUACGAGUCACGUGGUUCUUACUAUCUGGAGAUUCCUGACAGUGAGGCCCAGGACAGUGGCGAGUACGUGUGUACGGCCACAAACUCUCACGGCACUACGAGACUGCAAAAGAAGAAGAGAUUGAUGAGAGUUCCUCAGCCCUUGAUAUUCCUGAAGCUAUGAUGGAGUCUUCAGACGAUACUUUCCUGAAGGUGUACCUUAUGCUGACCGACUACACUGACCCUGACACCUCAUUCACCUUCAGUGGUGGUGAGCAGGUGGAACUGCUUGACUCACGACAGAAGAGUGGAAUGUGGUUAGUGCGCGGACGAGAGAAAAAGGAAAAGCCGCAGAAACAAGCCAGAAGAAGAAAGAAAGGAAGCUGACCCACUCUCCAAAGUCUGGCUCCACCGAGUUCGACAUGGAUACCUCAGAAGACGAGCUACGUUUGAGAGGAAUCUUUCCAGACUUCGUGGCCGUGGCGGACUUCAACCCUGUGGACAAGGACAACAACACUGUCCGUUUGUCUGAGGGCCAGAUUGUGGAGGUUAUUGACCAGGAGCGCGCCGACUCGUGGCUGGUGAGGACACGACCCACCAAAAGCAGCCCGUCAAAACAGGGAUGGGUGCCCUCGGCGUACCUAGAGGAGAAGGCGGUGGCUGGACAGUUCUCGAAACGUUCCACAAGAGAGACUUUCAGGGAAGAGGUGCUGCAGGUGAAGAACAAACAACAGGAGGCUACCCUCAAGAGAAGGUACCUGCUAAAAGAGUUGGAGGAAACAGAGCGAGAAUACGUGAAGGACCUCAAGUCACUAAUCGAGGAGUAUGUGGAGCACAUCGCUUCCAGCAGCGAGUCGGUGCCUGAGGCUGUGGCGGAGAGUGCCGAGAGCGUCUUCUCAAACAUCUCUGAGAUCUUCAACUUCCAUGACAGUCAAUUUUCUGCUGACCUGGCAGAAUGUAUUACAAAUCCCUCGGCAAUUGGAGCUACUUUCCUAAAAAGGGAGUUCUGUGCCAAGAAAUCUGAAAACGAGGACGCGCUCCUGAAGCUGCUACAGCGUCCAGUGGACAGACUGAAGAUGUACCAGCUGCUGCUGAAGGACGUCCUUCGCUACUCUGUGAGGGCCGGAGAGGACUGCAGAGAGGUGGAGGCAGCAGUAGCUAUGCUCAUCGCUAUCGAACGAGCUGUCGGUCAUGGCAAGUUGCUUCCCUUGUUGGAGGGGCUGGAAGGGGACAUAACUCAACUGGGAACUCUUCUCAGACAUGAUGACUUCCUCGAGUGGGACGGUGACGUCACCACCAGUAGGGUCAAGGACAGACAUGCCUUCCUGUUCUCGGACAAAGUCAUCCUGACUAAAAAGAAGAAACCUGACAGUGCUUCCGAUCAGUUGGGGUUUUCCUACCGCGCCGCUAUAGAUCUUGUGGACGUAAGGGUGAACGAGUGUGUUGCCGAGGAUGAGCGUAAGUUCGAACUGUGGUUCACCGGGGAUUCAGCCGUCGAGAAACUAACAUUGCAGGCCCGGAGCGUUUAUGCCAAACAAGCCUGGGUCAAAGAUAUAAGGGAAAGCUUGAUCAAAUUAGAAGGGAGAUCAGCUCGCUUGGAGUGUACUAUCGGAGGUAGCCCCAAACCUACGGUGUCCUGGACAAAGGGAGGCAAGCCAAUCAAAGAAGGAGACGGGAUCAGCUUCAUCGUCGAGGGCGACACUUGCAUCCUUGAGUUCAGUGAGCCCAGCUCCACCAACUCUGGAACAUAUACGGUGACUUUAUCUAGUGAAGGGGGAAGUGCACACUCCAGUGUCGAUCUUUUUGUUGUUGAAGACGUAACAGAGUCGGAAACAGGUUCGGAGACAGCUGCCGAGGACAUAGACUCGUCCUGGCUCAACGGGGCAGACGAUAGAGACCUGAUAGACGCCGCCUUAGACGAACUUAAUGAAACAGUAGGAGAAAAGAGGGAAGAAGAAAUUUCUAGCGACAAAAAGGUCAAAGACGACGACGACGAGGCUGAGGUUGAAGAUACUCUUAUCGAGGUAGAAAUUAUCAAGGAAGAGGAGAAGGAACAGCCACAAGAGGAUCGUGGAAAAACCGAAGAUACAGCUACCACAGAGAAGGCAGUCACUGAGGCAGUAGAGGAAGAGAGCGUUGAGGAAAGUAAAGUUCUAGCGAAAGAAAAAGAAGAAGUCCAGGUCUCUCCUGAGGAAGGUGUAGGCAAGACUGAAGUUGCUGCUGUAGACAUCCAGUCAACUCAAGAUCUAGAGACAGAGGUUUCUCUCAAAAACACAGAGAGUAAAGUAGAGACCGAAGAGGUUGCAGUUGAAGCCAGUGUUGAGAAAGAAAAAGAGACUCCGUCGGGUACAGUUGAAGUAAAGACCGAAGACCAGCAGGAAGGUGUUAAAGUUUCUGAGACUCAGUCGAAGGAAGAAGUUGCUGAAAUCCGCGAAGAACCCAAGUCUGAAGCCAAAGAAGAGAAGGUUCCAGAAGCUGUCGAAGAGGCAAUCGUUGAAGCCGUUCAAGAACAGAAAAAAGCGGAGGUCGGGGUUGAAGAGAAGAGCAAACCUGCUGAGGAAGAGGUAAAGGAAGAAGAGAAGGAGAUACGCAAACCCAGGAGAUUUGAAGAAGACGUUUUAGAAGAGAGGGAGAUCAAACUAAAAAGAUUUGACGACGAGCCAAAGAAGAAGGAAGAAGAGAAAGAAAAAGUCAAAAAAGAAGAGGAAGAAGUUGUUCCGAAGCCUAGGAGGUUUGAAGAAGACGUAUUAGAAGAACGGGAAAUCAAGCUAAAGAGAUUUGACGACGAGCCGAAAAAGAAGGAAGAAGUAAAAGAAGAGAAAGACGAAGUAAAAGAAGAAGAGGAAGUUCGUAAACCUAAGAGAUUUGAAGAAGACGUCCUAGAAGAGAGGGAAAUCAAACUAAAGAGAUUUGACGACGAACCAAAACAGAAGGAAGAAGCUACAGAAGAGAAAGAAGAAGUAAAGAAAGAAGAGGAGGUUCGUAAGCCUAAACGUUUUGAGGAAGACGUAUUAGAAGAGAGGGAAAUUAAGUUAAAGAGAUUUGACGACGAACCAAAAAAGAAGGAAGAAGUAAAGGAAGAGAAAGAAGAAGUCACAGUAGAGGAAGAAGUUCGAAAGCCAAGGAAGUUUGAAGAAGACGUAUUAGAAGAACGGGAAAUCAAGCUAAAGAGAUUUGACGACGAGCCGAAAAAGAAGGAAGAAGUAAAAGAAGAGAAAGAAGAAGUAAAAGAAGAAGAGGAAGUUCGUAAACCUAAGAGAUUUGAAGAAGACGUCCUAGAAGAGAGGGAAAUCAAACUAAAGAGAUUUGACGACGAACCAAAAAAGAAAGAGGAAUUGAAGGAAGAGAAAGAAGAAAAGAAGGAGCAAGAGGAAGAAAAAGAAGAAGUUCGUAAACCUAAAAAGUUUGAGGAAGACGUAUUAGAGGAAAGAGAAAUCAAAUUGAAGCGUUUUGACGAAGAGGCAAAGAAAGAAGAAAAAGUAGAAGAAAAGGAAGACAAGGAAACAAGACAGGCAGAGGAAACCAAACCAGUCAAAGAAGAAGAGACAAAAGAGACAGUAGAAGAGAAACAAGAGGUACGCAAACCAAAGAAAUUCGAAGAAGACGUCUUAGAGGAGAGAGAGAUCAAACUCAAGCGGUUUGACGAGGACGAGAAGAAAGAGGAACCCAAGGAGGUAAAAGAAGAAGCUGUCAAGGAAGAGAAAAAGGACGAGAAGGAAGACAAGGAGUUGAAAGAAGAAAAGGAAGAAGUACGAAAGCCGAGGAGAUUUGAAGAAGACGUUUUAGAGGAACGAGAGAUCAAGUUAAAGAGGUUUGAAGAAGAACCAAAGGAAAAGAAAGAAGAACCAGUAAAGGAGAAGGAAGAAGUAAAAGAAGAAAAGAAAGAGGUAGCCAAACAGAAAGAGGAAGUCAAGGAAGAAGUCAAGGAAGAAAAAGAGGAAGUGCGCAAACCAAGGCGAUUUGAGGAAGACGUCUUAGAGGAAAGAGAAAUCAAACUUAAGAAGUUCGAAGAAGUCAAAGAAGAAAAGAAAGAGGUAAAGAAAGCCGAGGAGGUUAAAGAAGAGGAGAAAGUAGAAGCGAAGAAAGAAUCUCGAAAACCAGCAGCACCUCAAUUCAAAGGAAGCAUGGACAACUGUGUGACAGAGCUGGGCGACAUGGCUCGCUUCGACUGCCGCGUGUCUGCCUACCCAGACCCUAAUAUCACUUGGUUCAAGGACGGUCACAAGGUGACCGCUAGUGACAAGCAUGAGCUGGUGAACUUCCACGAUGAUAUCUUCUCCCUGCUCAUCAAGAAGGUGGACAUGGACGACGGCGGACGCUACACGUGCCUGGCCAAGAAUGAGUACGGAGAGGCGAAAUCAGAGGCCCUUCUCAACGUGGUUGGUCUCAAAGAGAAGAUCAAAGACGCCCACGUAGCUCCGACUUUUCUCACCAAGUUCUACGACAUGGAGGCCGUGGAGGGCGUGCCCGUGGAGUUUGUUUGCGUAGUGGACGGUAACCCUGACCCCGUGGUCACCUGGAUCCUCAACGGGAAGGAGGUGGAGAACAGCUCGGAGAUCCUCACCCGUCGCCAGGACGACUCGGUCAUGCUGGCAUUCAGGUAG